AUGCCGGCAUUGAGACACCGGAGGACAUCCCUUGAGCUCAAGAAGACGAAGUCGGCCCUCAAAGCGAAAUGCAUGCUUGCAAGAUCCGAGUUUUUCAGCAACAGCUCAGAGAAGUUCUUGCAAGAGCUGAGCACCAUGCUAGAGGUCCAUCUCUUUCUGCCAGAGCAAGAAAUCAUCAGAGCAGGCGAAGAUGGCGACAGGAUGUAUUUCCUGAAUUGGGGUUCGGUGGAGGUUCUUCUUGCUGAUAAAGUGAUUGGCGUUUUAGGCAGUGGAGAGGUUUUCGGCGAAAUGGCACUAUUUGGAAAUGGCAAACGCACCUGCACUGUCCGAGCCAUCGACACGUCCGACUGCCGCAGCGUCAAUCAGCACAGUUUCCAGCGGCUUCUGACGGCUUUUCCCAAAGAGCGUCAGCGAUUUGAGAAGCUUGUGGAAGACCGAAUGCAGGAGACUGGCAAGGUGAAACAGGACAUUAAGCGAGAGCGAGAUGAGCGAGAGCGUGACGAACGCACAUCUGUUGCGUCAGGGUCGUCCAGACUUCGUUCGAUAACUCUGAGAAGUGUGUCGGUGAUCGCCAAGAUGGGCGUGAAGGGCCUUCAUCCUAAAUCUGCAUCGGUGGAUGGGCCUGUCGGGUUGUCCACGGCCGAGCCUGCUCGAAGGCCGAGACGCACCCGACCAGCAACUGAUGGUGAGGUUUGGGAAUACUCGGGUUCCAGACUGUCUACCGACUCAGCCAUUGGUGUGGGUUCGGAAGCUUCAGCAACUGAUGGUGAGGUUUGGGAAGACUCGGGUUCCAGACUGUCUACCGACUCAGCCGUUGGUGUGGGACUGGAGGCUUGCGAACAGUCCACUGCCGAGCCUGCUCGAAGGCCAAGACGCACCCGACCAGCAACUGAUGGUGAGGUUUGGGAAUACUCGGGUUCCAGACUGUCUACCGACUCAGCUGCUGGUGUGGGGAUGGAGGCUUGCGAACAGUCGAGACACACCCGACCAGCAACUGAUGGUGAGGUUCGGGAAGACCCAGGUUCCAGACAGCCUAUCCACUCAAUUCCCGUUGUGCUUCUGGAAACUUGUGAAUCCGUUGGUGCGCAGUCGACUGCAGACGAGGGGGCAAGCAUGAUUAGUCUGAGUCGCCGGAGCUCAGCAGGUACUGGCUUCAGUGGUGAUAUCAUUUGUGAGACCAGUGAGGGCAUGGACAAGCGUUCGCCGGGCUCAUGCGUUCCGGAAGAUGAAGCCGGGAGAGCAUGCCUUGCAGUACCCGAGACGGCGGCGACGGCGCCGGAAGCCCUGCGAGGGCCGCGGGGACCCCGCCGCAUUCCGAAUCUUCCGUCGGAGUGCUUGCCGAAGUCGGCGCCGGCUUCGAGCCCGCAUCGUCGGAGGUGCAGUUUGGCGGCACCCUUCAGAAGCCCCAAAAGACACAUCCAAGCAAGACAGAGGCGAUGCAAGAGCUUGGAUGGGAGCCUUGCGAGCCUUGAGAGCCCGAGCCCAAAGGCACCAUCAAGCAAAGGCUCCGGCAUCGGUGACAUGCACACUGAGAAGCAGGAGGAAGGAGGUGAAGCUGGUGCCAUUUCAGCCCUCCCGGUUGCUCUUCCUCAGGUUGAGGAGGAACGGGGCAACUCGAGUGCCAUCGCUCCGGCCGCCGUGUCGCCAUCUUUCAACGAGGCUUUGGACCGCCUUGGGGCGCUCCCUCCCAUCCGACUUCUUUACACAGGAAGGAUGGACCUCCACCCUUGUUUUGGCCCUGUCUCCUGCGAGCACUACGAGCCCGAAGGGUCUGACAGUCUCAGCAGCGAAGCGAGCGAAGUGAGCGAAGCGCGCGAAGCGCGUGAGGCCAGCAUGAGACAAGCCGAGCACAGCAAAGCGCAGAGCUGCUUUGACAUGUACAUGGAUGCUGGAAAGUUCAGACUCGGACAGGCAGCAGCUUGUCCGCAUGGCAAUCGAUCUCGCACAGGUUUCUGGUGGCUCGACAAAGGAAAUGUCAAGGCAUGA